GCACGCGGGGCGGAGACCCAGGAGGGCGGAACAGAGCAGCCCCCGCUCCUCCCCAAGCCGGGCGGGCCCGAGACCGCGACCCGCCUCUCCCGCGCCGUCCUCGUCACCGCGCCGCGGGGCAGCCAUGCCCGGCCGCCUGCUACGGGGUCUGCGGCAGCGAUGGCGCCGUUACAAGUACCGCUUCGUUCCCUGGAUCGCGCUGAACCUCAACCACAACCCGAGGACCCUUCGAUAUGUUCCAGAGGAAUCCAAAGACAAAGUUAUCUCAGAUGAAGAUGUCCUAGGAACGUUACUGAAAGUUUUCCAGGCUCUGUUUUUAAAUGAUUUCAAUAAACAAUCAGAUAUCUUGACUGUACUUCCAGAAACUGUUAAGUCAAAAUAUCAAGACCUACUAGCAGUUCAGCAUCAAAGAGUGAAUCUGCUCGAAAACAGACAUCAACAGCGAAAUAUCUUUAAACCAGAAGAAAUUCUUUAUAAAACAUUGGGUUUCAGUGUUGCCCGAGCAACUAGUUCAUUGAUUUCUGCGGGAAGAGGUGUCUUCGUUACUAAAGGAUUGGUACCAAAAGGCGCGGUAGUAUCCAUGUAUCCUGGUACAGUAUAUCAGAAGUAUGAGCCAAUCUUUUUCCAGUCCAUUGGAAAUCCAUUUAUUUUUAGAUGCCUGGAUGGGGUACUCAUAGAUGGAAAUGACAAAGGAAUAUCAAAAGUUGUAUACAGAUCUUGCAAUGGGAGAGAUAGACUUGGCCCUUUAAGCAUGAGUGAUAGUACAUGGCUAACAUCAGAAAUUCAUAAUCCACUGGCUGUAGGACAGUAUGUCAACAAUUGUUCAAACAACAGAGCAGCCAAUGUCUGUUAUCAGGAAUUUGAUGUGCCUACAGUUUUCCCUAUAGAACUGAAGCAAUAUAUUCCAAAUAUUUCCUACAGCUGUGAAAAACAAAGCCCACUUCGAUGUGUUGUUCUUGUUGCACUUAGGGACAUCAAGCAAGGAGAAGAGCUUUUUUCAAACUACUUCACAAUUGUCAGCUAAGUUGGUAAAUUAGAAAUUAGGUUUUCUACUCAGCUAUUGAGUGAAUUCUAAAGGUUUUUUUGUUAACCACCUCUUUCUGAAUUCUACCUGUAGAGCAAAUAUUUUGAGACCUAAUUGGAAUUGGAAUUUUUAUGUGUUUAUUGAUACUAUAUUUAUGUUCCAAUUUCAAGGUAAAAGAUAUUUGCUUCAUUACAAUUUCAAAUUUGUAAUGUAAUUCCAAUUUUAAUUGGCUUUCACAUAAAUACACAAUAGCUUAUUAAAUUAAAACUACUUUAACAAACUCAAUUUUUCUUUUGUUUAUUUUUGUAUACCUCUGUGUUGGUUUAUAAAAUUUUAGCCAAGCAUCAGCAGUUCUUUCUUACAGUUCUGUUGAUAUGUACAAACUUUUAUAAAAACUUUUUUCUACAGAAUAAAAUUUUUACCUAUUAUGUUG